GGUGUCUAUGCAAAUGUCUCCCCCCCGCCCGCUUCUGCCGGUAUAAAAAGCGGGGCCGGGAAGGGGCAGCCGAAGCCGCCGCCUCCCGGGAGCCCGCCGAGCGCUCCUCCCGAGCCCGGUACCCAGGUAAGAGGACCAGAAGGAAGCAUGUCUGAAUUUUGGCUAAUUUCGGCCCCUGGAGAUAAGGAAAAUUUACAAGCACUGGAAAGGAUGAACACGGUCACCUCCAAAUCCAACCUGUCCCACAACACGAAGUUCUCAAUUCCCGACUUCAAGGUGGGGACCUUGGAUUCACUGGUCGGUCUCUCCGAUGAGCUGGGGAAACUCGAUACCUUUGCUGAAAGCCUCAUAAAGCGAAUGGCACAAACCGUGGCAGACGUCAUGGAGGACUCCGAGGGCAAGGUGCAGGAGAACCUUCUGGCUAAUGGAGAUAACCUGACGUCCUUCGUGAGCCACUUCGAAUGGGACAUGGCCAAGUACCCCACCAAGCAGACGCUGGUCAGUGUGGUGGACACAGUGGCAAAGCAACUUGCGCAGAUUGAAGCAGAUCUGAAAUCACGAACAGCCACCUAUAGUGCACUGAAGACGGCGCUGGAGAACCUGGAGAAGAGGUCCACGGGGAACCUCUUCACACGGACACUGAGUGACAUCGUGAGCAAGGAGGACUUCGUGCUGGAUUCCGAAUACCUGGUCACCCUCCUGGUCAUUGUCCCCAAGGCCAGCUACGCACAGUGGCAGAAGACUUACGAAUCCCUCUCGGACAUGGUGGUACCUCGGUCGACCAAAUUGAUUGCAGAGGACCCCGAGGGCGGCCUCUUCACCGUGACGCUGUUCCGGAGAGUGAUGGAUGAUUUCAAAACCAAAGCCAAAGAGAACAAGUUCAUGGUUCGUGAGUUUUACUAUGAUGAGAAAGAAAUUAAGAAAGAGAGGGAAGAGAUGACCAGGUUGCUGUCGGACAAGAAGCAGCAGUAUGUCAGUGCCACACAGGAGCCUGCUACUUGCCACAUGGGGCUGACUGGCCGGCAGGGUCUGGGGGAGCCUCCUGGAGGCGGAAAAUGGACCCCCAACCAGCUGGGGGCAGCCCCAUCCCGGUGUCCUGAGAUGCUGUCCCCCUUUGGCCUGGCUGGAAGCCGACACAGCCCAGCACCUUGCAUCCAGUCUUUAGGGUGGGUUUCUGAGCCCGCUCUCGAGGCUAGCAUUGAUCUCAGGAUCCUCCUGCCUCAGCCUCUGGAUUACAAACAUGCACCACCAUCGAGGCUUCCUGCAUCCUUCUUGUUACCUGGCAACUGAAGUGAUGGGCUAGGUCCCAGGAUGGUCCGGGUGGAAGUGCCCUGUUUCCCUACUUGAGCGGUGGGAAAGGGUGCGCUGCCGGACGGCAUGCCUGUGCGGCCCUCUGCAUGGCGUGCCCAGGCGAUGGUGAAUGCACUGCGGCUGGGUGUGGCGACACCAUGGCCACCCAGGCGGACAGCUCUGCAGACGGGGCCCUUCCCUUGGAGACCAGUGCUGCCUCUGUGUGCCCCGGACGGGGCCCUAACCCAGGCCAGGCGGGGCGCAGGCGAGGGGCCCAGAGCCCGCACCCGAUGGCUCUGCCCUGGCAUCGGAAGCCAGGCUGUGGCCUGGCCGCCUGAGCUUCCUUCCUGGGGCCACAAGAAUGAUUCUGUAUAUUGUGGUGCGUGUUUGCCGGACGAUUAAUAAAUCAUUUCUGUAC